AUGGAAGUAUCAAUAAUAGCAUCAUGUCCCUUCAUCGGUACUGCAGUUGGCUUUAUCAUCAUGGCUAAGAUAUCAAAUUGGAUAGGACGUAAAAGGACUAUGCGGUACUCCGCUUUGUGUCUAGUUGUUAUGUUAGUCAUACUAGCAUUUGCUAGAUCUGUGUAUGUUUACAUUUUACCGUUAAUAGUUCUAGGAGCUAACUUAAGUGGGGUAUUCAUUAGUGUUUCCGCAUAUAAUAUUGAAAUUUCAGAUAUUUCGAAUAGGUCCAAAAUCGGAUCUAUUUUGGGUACGCCAAUACCGAUUGGAAUGUUUCUUGCAUUUGUUUUAGGUGCUUAUACUAGUGUAAAACUUUAUACUCUAUUAACUGCUAUAUCAGCACUAAUCCAUUUGAUUCUAGAACCUUUAAUUAUAGUCGAGUCUCCAGUUUACCUAGCUUUCAAAGGAAAAGACACUGAAGCACUUAGUGCACUAAAACUGUUAAGAUCUUCCAAAACAGAAGAAGAUAUUAUAUUAGAGUAUGCUCAGAUGAAAAAAUCUGCAGAAGAUAUUCAAAAUACAAAAUAUCAACCAAGUUUAUUAGAUCUUUUCAAAACCAAAGCAUCUAGAAAAGCAUUCUAUUUAUCUUUAGUACUCUGUAUUGGUCAACAGACAAGUGGUAUUACCACAUUACUAACGUUUUCUGGUCUAAUAUUUAAUUAUGCAAAUGCUACCUUAUCUACUGAUACAAUAGGUAUUAUUAUGGGAAGCACACAAUUGGUGGUGUAUUUUGUUACAGGUUUCCUGUACAAUAAGUUUGGAGCUAAAAAGUUAAUGUUGAUUUCUACCUCGUUAUGCAGUUUUUGCAUGUUUUGUAGUACUGUAGUUUUUUAUUUGAUAAGCAUACAAUCUUCUUUCACUAAGAAUUUAGGUUGGUUACCUAUUUUAUUCGCUGUCUUAUUUUUAGCGGGGUACGGUAUAGGCUACGGAUUUGUUCCGAUAUCUCUAUGCAAUGAACUUUUCACCAGUGAUCUCAGAUCUCUUGGUUUUGCAGCAAGUAUGGUAGCGGAAAGUGUAUUUACUUUUAUAAUACGAUUUACUUAUCCUAUUUUAUCCAAAAAUUUUGGUGAAUAUUUUGUAAUGUUUGUAUAUUUCGCAGCAGGCCUAUUUAACUUUUUCGUAUUUUUGUUCUUCUUGCCGAACACAAAAGACAAAUCUUUUCAAGAGAUACAAGUUGAACUAAGUAGGUAG